AUAUCCUGGCUAAGAGGGAGUGUUGCAAGUCAUUUCUAACUGUAACACAUGCUGGACUGAAGGGGUUGGGCUGGUGAGGUGUGGUGGUUGUCAUGGCAGCGGCAACCAUGACAACGGGGUAUUUCUAGGCUUGUAGCUUGGAGCAUUGAUUGUUGGUUCAUGGAAGGAAAGCAGUAACCACAUAUCAGCGUGAGGCAUGGUGAACCUGAGCAAUAAAGGAGAGUGUUAGAUAUAUUGCUAAGAUUUUGCAUCUACAUAAUUAUUUCAACAAGCAAUAUGUCUGGUUUUUCUUUUUCCACUGGAGUAAGGAUGCUAGCAGGCGUGUCAGUGCCUGUUUUUUCUGGCAUCCUAAUGUGCAAGAUUGUCUAUGAAGUUACAGGCAGGAUUAGCUUGUCAUACUUCAAAGGCUAUACCAAGCUACGAAAAGAACAACAAGUCGAGUGGAACAAUCGGGGCUUCUCUACAUUCCAUGCACUUCUCGCUGCAGCUAUCUCUUUCUACCUCGUAGUGUUGUCAGAUCUUUUUCGGGAUGACGGUCAUGAUGAAUUGGUUAUAAAUAGACAUUCUACUCUAUCCAACACCAUAUUGGGGGUCUCAAUUGGUUAUUUUCUUGCAGACUUGGGAAUGAUCCUUUGGUGUUUUCCAGCUUUAGGUGGAAAAGAGUAUGUUGUACAUCAUGGCCUCUCCAUGUAUUCGAUCCUCCUCGCACUCAUGAGCGGCCAAGCACAAAUUUACAUACUGAUGGUUUUAUUCACUGAAAUCACAACUCCCUUUGUAAAUUUAAGAUGGUAUUUGGAUGUUGCUGGACAAAAAAGUUCUAAGCUUUAUGUCUACAAUGGGAUUGCAUUGUUCGUUGGGUGGCUGGUUGCAAGGGUCCUUCUCUUCAUCUUCUUCUUCACUCACAUGUAUCUCCAUUUUGAUCAGGUGAAAAUGAUUUUUCCGUUGGGCUUCUACAGCAUACUUAUGGUGCCUCCCAUGAUAUCUUUGCUGAACUUGUUUUGGUUCUGGAAGAUCCUCAAAGGCUUGAUUAAGACUCUUUCUAAAGCAAGACACAAAAGCUGAUGCCCCACUCUGACAUGGGCUUUUCACUCUCUAUAUUGCAAACCAUUUCGGAUGAGAAAGAGAAUGCUGGGACUGUUCAUGAGAGGAAAACCGCCGAAGGGCGCGUAGCCUGUUUGUGGGUCUGGAUUUUUCAUCAGAUGAUUUCACAAGACGCCACUUUGUAAUGUGCCACAAGCCGUUCUCUUCCAUUUUCAUAUUGUUCUUAUAAAAUCAGGUAGUUCUCAAUUGUUGGUCAGCCACGUGGCAAAUUCUCAUUGAUCAGAUGGUCCUAACCAAAUGAAACUGGCUGACAAAUAAACAGUGGAAGAAAGAAAGAUCAGUGGUACUUAUAAUUGAAUGGAAGGCUAGGUUGGUCUAAUUCUGC